GUGUGUACGUUUGGAAAAUCUGCCUUUGGGAAAUGGUAUAAAUAUUAGCGCACUGCAGUCCAAACGGACACUCGCAGUUCUACAGCGAAAGUGUUGCUAUUAGAUUUCUAGUUUUUCUUUGACUCUCAAACGUUAAAAACAAACAGCCACCAAUAUGUGUGAUGAUGAGGUUGCUGCAUUAGUCGUUGACAACGGCUCCGGCAUGUGCAAGGCCGGAUUUGCUGGAGAUGACGCCCCCCGCGCUGUCUUCCCCUCAAUUGUGGGUCGUCCUCGCCAUCAGGGCGUGAUGGUUGGCAUGGGUCAAAAGGACUCGUAUGUGGGCGAUGAGGCGCAGUCCAAGAGAGGUAUCCUCACGCUGAAGUAUCCCAUUGAGCACGGUAUCAUUACCAACUGGGAUGAUAUGGAGAAGAUCUGGCAUCACACUUUCUACAAUGAAUUGCGUGUCGCACCCGAGGAGCACCCAGUUCUGCUGACCGAAGCCCCCCUGAAUCCCAAGGCCAAUCGUGAAAAGAUGACCCAGAUCAUGUUUGAGACCUUCAACGCGCCCGCCAUGUACGUGGCUAUUCAGGCAGUGCUAUCCCUCUACGCAUCCGGUCGUACCACUGGUAUUGUAUUGGACUCUGGAGAUGGUGUCUCCCAUACCGUGCCAAUCUAUGAAGGUUAUGCUCUGCCCCAUGCCAUUCUCCGUCUGGAUUUAGCAGGCCGCGAUUUGACCGACUACCUGAUGAAGAUCCUCACAGAGCGUGGUUACUCCUUCACUACUACCGCUGAGCGUGAAAUCGUGCGCGACAUCAAGGAAAAGCUCUGCUAUGUUGCCCUGGACUUUGAGCAGGAAAUGGCCACAGCUGCUGCCUCCACCUCAUUGGAAAAGUCGUACGAGUUGCCUGAUGGCCAGGUCAUCACUAUUGGCAACGAGCGUUUCCGUUGUCCCGAAUCCCUGUUCCAGCCCUCUUUCUUGGGUAUGGAAUCGUGCGGUAUUCACGAGACCGUCUACAACUCCAUCAUGAAGUGCGAUGUGGAUAUCCGUAAGGAUUUGUAUGCCAACAUUGUCAUGUCCGGCGGCACCACCAUGUAUCCAGGUAUUGCUGACCGCAUGCAGAAGGAAAUUACCGCUCUGGCUCCCUCUACCAUCAAGAUCAAGAUCAUUGCGCCACCUGAGCGCAAAUACUCCGUCUGGAUCGGUGGCUCCAUCCUGGCCUCCCUGUCCACCUUCCAGCAGAUGUGGAUCUCUAAGCAGGAGUACGAUGAGUCCGGCCCCGGCAUUGUGCACCGCAAGUGCUUCUAAACAUAGUCAUAGUCUGACUCCGACCCGUAGGCGCCGCCGCAGAGGCGCCUGAAGCGCAUUAGAACUUAAUACGGAUUAAUUUUAAUAAUCUUCUUAAAAUUUAAGUUAAACCUCUUGCUGCCCUGCCAAUCAGCCAACCCGUCAAUUAACCAAUCGUUCAAUCGAUCAACCGACCAAUCGGCUGCAAGCACUUAAUUGUAUUAUACAUCUAUACAUAUAUAUGUAUAUAAUUAAUAUUUAUAAUUGAGAAUUAGGAAUUGGAACUGUCGCAAAUGACGAUGAAAGGAAAAGCAUGCAAAAUUAUACAGUCUGAAAAAUAAAUACAUAGCAUCCAAAUAACAUUACA